GGGUUCCUAUUGGAUAUAAUUUUUUUGGGAUUUCCUCCCACUUCUCUAGGAAUGGUCUAGCGUCAUCGAUGAAAUAUCCUGAUUUACCUGCGGCGAAAUAUCCACCAAUUGGCUCAGUCACGCCUCCGUUAUUUCGGAGAGAAGCUGGUAAUUUACUAUCACUCGUUAAGGAUACUACUCUUUCACAGGUGGUGGCUUUCCCGAUACUCCAAAAUAGCCUCAGCUUCUAUGUUCAGGUGAGACGCUGUUGUUGUAUUAAUUGUUCCCUGUGUGUAGGACUCAUAUGGGCUGGACUGGUCGCGGUAGGCUCAUAACCGCAAUUAAACCAUUAGGGAAACCUUCUCAAUCACCUGCUCAAUGUUUCUGGGCGUUGGGCAAAGCGGAGAUGAGCGGUAGUGCGAGUGUAUAGCGCUGCUGCACUUUCAGAAUUUUCUAAGGCCCUUUGAGGUGAGUUACGCAAAUCAUGGUCCGAAACGUGAGCCCAGUACAGAGCGUAUGAUCUACGACACGGCUGCGCACACUAUCAAUCGCAAUUGGACUUCGUGAUUAUCAGGUGCAGUUUCCAGUACAUGCUUUGCGGCCCGAGACCACCAAAAACGAAUUCUUAAUGAACGGAUGGAGAGAGAGCACCGCGAACUUGAUGAGCUUGGAGUUUAUGGUUUCAUAAUGCGCAGUAUAAACUUGUUAUCAAGGAAUUCGGUUCUCGAUGCUCAUAAUUCAUAAGCACUACAUCGGAUGGGAGGCGCCAUAGCCUCUACCAGUAACACCAACAACGCAUAUUCCCUGAAUAAUUACUCUUUCAACGCUAAGGGUUCUGGUUGAAUUAGGAAGCUGAUACAAGGCUGGCAAACCGUCAGUGCCGUUACUGCGUUGUUGUCUAUAUAUGUGCAAAUACACCGCAUUAAUCAUUUUCGCACUC